UCCGUCUCCAAGCAACGUCAGGAACCUGCCAGCCGGUCCGGUGCUCCGUCUGUCCGUCCGGACCCGGCGCGUCCCGGACUCAGACCCGCUCAGCCCCCCAUGGUCCCGGACCGGUGCCAUGAACGACCGGUACCACCGCGCGGCCCGGGACGGGCUCCUGGAGCCCCUGAAGGAGGCGACGCGGAGGGAGCUGAACGGCCCGGAUGAGGACGGGAUGACGCCGACGCUGUGGGCCGCCUACCACGGAAACCUGCACGCGCUCCGGCUGAUAGUGGGCAGAGGAGGUGACCCAGAUAAAUGUGACAUCUGGGGGAACACCCCCCUCCACCUGGCAGCUGCCAAUGGCCACCACAGCUGCCUUUCCUUCCUGGUUUCGUUUGGGUCUAACCUCUGGUGUCUGGACAAUGACUACCACACUCCUCUGGACAUGGCCGCCGCCAAAGGUCACAUGGACUGCGUCCGCUACCUGGACUCCAUCGCCGCCAAGCAGAUGGCGCUCAACCCCAAGCUGGUGAGGAAACUAAAAGAUCGGGCGUUUCGUGUCGCCGAGCGCCGGAUCAAGGAGUGCUCUGAGCUCCAGCGGAAGCACCGCCGACGCAUGGAGAAGAAGUUCAUGAAGGAGGCGGCGGUGUCGGACAACGUGGACGCCAUGAGCUUCUCCAGCUACACCAGCGGCAGCACGUUGAGUCGCAAGUUCAACACCGUCACCUCCAACAUGCCCUACUCACAGGCAACCUUACACUCCACGGCAAAGGGAAAGGCCAAGAUCCAGAGGAAACUGGAGAAGAAGAAACAGGUGGACGGGACGUUCAAGAUCUAUGAGGACGGGAGGAAAAGCGUGCGCUCGCUGUCCGGCCUCCAGUUGGGAAACGACGUCAUGUUCCUCAAACAGGGAACCUAUGCCCCCCCCAAGGACUGCUCCCGCCUCAACAUCCGUCACAUGUUCCUCCGUGAUGACGACGACGACGGCGUGUCUCGUGCCAUAAGCGACCCAGGCCUCCACGAAGCCGCAUACUCAGAGAUCAGCGCCGACUCGGGCCGGGACUCGCUGUUCACCCGACCCGGGCUCGGCACCAUGGUGUUCAGGAGGAACUAUGCCGGUAGCGUGUUUGGCAUUGGGGGGCGGGACGAUGGCAGCGUGGCCGGGAGCGAACCCGUGGGCCGGGUGCCCAACGUUCACCUCCGUGGCCGCCUGCCCCGCCGCUCGCCGAGCCUGGAUGAGGACAGUAUGGGCAGUGCUCUGAGUCUGCAGGACCAGAACCUGCAGGAGCCACCCUGGCAGGAUGAGAACCUGGGCUCGGAGGAGGACCCCGAACCAGAGACCUGUCCUCUGGACACGUUCCUGGCCUCGCAGAGCCUCGGCGAGUUCAUCAACAUUCUGAAGAGGGAGCGGAUCGACCUGGCCGCCCUGCUGUUGUGUUCAGAACGGGACCUGAACAGCAUCCACAUCCCCUUAGGACCACGGAAGAAACUCCUGGAGGCCUGCAGGAGGCGCCUGGAAACCCUGGACCGACCCCAGGCCAUGGAGGACACUGAGCUCUGAAAGUCUGCCUGGGUCCACAACCCUAACCCUAACCCUCACCCUAACCCUGGACCGACCCCAGGCCAUGGAGGACACUGAGCUCUGAAAGUCUGCCUGGGUCCACAACCCUAACCCUAACCCUGGACCGACCCCAGGCCAUGGAGGACACUGAGCUCUGAAAGUCCGCCUGGGUCCACCACCCUAACCCUAACCCUAACCUUGGGCCGACCCCAGGCAAUGGAGGACACCGAGCUCUGAAAGUCCGCCUGGGUCCACAACCCUAACCCUAAUCCUAACCCUGGACCGACCCCAGGCCAUGGAGGACACCGAGCUCUGAAAGUCCGCCUGGGUCCAGAACCCUAACCCUAACCCUAACCUUGGACCGACCCCAGGCCAUGGAGGAGACCGAGCUCUGAAACUCCACCUGGGUCCAGAACCCUAACCCUAACCCUGGACCGACCCCAGGCCAUGGAGGACACCGAGCUCUGAAAGUCCGUAUGGAUCCAGAACCCUAAUCCUAACCCUGGGUCCAGAACAACUGGACAUCUAGUGGACACAUAAGCCACUGUUUCAACUGGGUUCUGGAGAUUGAACUCCUGAGGCCUGAACGCUGCACGUUCAUCAGUAAAUCAUGGUUCCACGUCUGGAGAACCCUAACUCUAACCUAUGGUUCCACAUCUGGAGAACCUUAACCCUAACCCAUGGUUCCACACCUGGAGAACCCUAACCCUAAC